UCACAUCGCCAAACAUAUCAUGCAAAAUUAAUUGCGACCUUGAUCUCUACAAAAUUGCAUACUAUAACUGUCAAAAGAAGAUCACAACUAUCCCACCUCUGCCAUCAACUAGCAAUAGCAACAGCACAACUUCAGCUUCCGCUCCUUCUAGCAGCAACUACCCUUAACCAAACCCUGUCCAGAAUUCAUUCACAAACAUGCCUCAACUUCCGAGACUAG